UCGAAGGCAUAAGCACCAGCCUCAGGCAGACUGGCUACAGAAUAACGUCCACAUUUCGCUCCAGAUCAUUCCCUCCUCCCAGGGGGAAGGAAAUGGCUGCAAUGGAGCUGGCUCAGAGGCCGGUGACUUUCGAGGAGGUGGCUGUGUAUUUCACCAGGGAAGAGUGGGCUCUGCUGCAUCCCACUCAGAGAGCCUUCUACAGGGAUGUCAUGCAGGAGAACUAUGAGAAUGUGAUCUCGCUGGUAGGGUUUCCAGUUUCCAAACCUGAUGUGAUCUCGCAGCUGGAACGAGGGGAAGAGCCAUGGAUCCUGGACCUCCAGGGCUCUGAGGAAGAAAUGCUCCUGAGAGGUGAUGGGAUGGUGAGUGAGAAUGAGGAGAAACCCCAGCAGGAAGAUGCUGAGCAAGUAGAACCACAUGGGACGUUAUCAGGAAGAUCCAAAGGGAAUGUUUCCGGGAGUUGUGCACUCCGAGAAAAAGCAAAAGCCUGUGAGAGUCAGGAGAGGCCAGAGGAAAACUUCAGUAACCACUCAGACCUUAUAAUACAUGACAGAAUCAACUUGGAAGAGACACGCUACACAUGCCAUGAGUACGGAAAAAGCUUCAAUGGGAACUCUGCCCUUAUCACACAUCAGAGAAUCUACAUGGGCGAGAAACCUUAUGGAUGCUCUGAGUGUGGGAAACGCUUCAUUGAUACUUCAACCCUCAUCUCACAUCAGCGAAUCCACACAGGAGAAGUGCCUCACACAUGCUCUGAGUGCGGGAAACGCUUCAAUCGGAUCUCACACCUUAUCAGACAUCGUAGAAUCCACACAGGAGAGAUGCCCUACACAUGCUCUGAGUGCGGGAAAAGCUUCAGUCGGCGCUCAGACCUUUUCAGACAUCAGAGAAUCCACACAGGAGAGAAGCCCUACACAUGCUCUGAGUGCGGGAAAAGCUUCAAUCAGAGCUUUGUCCUGAGCGUACACAGGAGAAUCCACACAGGAGAGAGGCCCUACACAUGCUCUGAGUGCAGUAAAAGCUUCAGUCAGAGCUCACACCUUUUCAGACAUCAGAGAAUCCACACAGGAGAGAGGCCGUACACAUGCUCUGAGUGCGGGAAAUGCUUCAGUCGGAGCUCACACCUCAUCUCACAUAGGAGAAUCCACACAGGAGAGAGGCCCUACACAUGCUACGAGUGUGGGAAAAGCUUCAGGCUGAGCUCAGACCUUAUCAUACAUAGGAGAAUCCACAGAGGUGAGAAACCGUAUGGGUGCUCUGAGUGCGGGAAAUGCUUCAGUCGGAGCUCACACCUCAUCUCACAUAGGAGAAUCCACACAGGAGAGACGCCCUAUACAUGCUCUGAGUGCGGGAAAAGCUUCAGUCAGAGCUCUGUCCUGAGCGUACACAGGAGAAUCCACACAGGAGAGACGCCCUACACAUGCUCUGAGUGCGGGAAAAGCUUCAGUCAGCGUUCAAACCUUAUCAAACAUCAGAGAAUCCACAUGGGCAAGAACUGUAAUAAAUCCUUUGACUAGGGCUGGCCAAAGAUUUUUUUUUUUUAAAUCACAUUUGCUAAUUCCCACAUAGUGAUUUUUGCACCAUAUUCACCGUGGUCUUUCAGUUCCACCAGAUGAGUUGCCUGCUUCUGCCUUUUGCAGCUCACCUUCUUUGGGGUCAGUCCUGUGAUCUUUUCUAUCAACUGCUUUCCUUUUGAGUUGUAGGAGUGUGUGUCCCUCCAGCUGGAAUGUUCAUCAGCUCCAGGUGGGAGAGAGAGGUUUGAUCCCAACAAGCUGAAGCAAAAACUACCUGUGCCUGACAUCCACUAGGACUGUACAUGGCGUUGGCUGCUCAAGUUAGUGAUCUUGGUGUAAAAAGACAAUUCUAGCUGUAGCGCAGAUGCAGCCCAGGUGCAGUGGUUGGCAUUAGCUUUCCCCUUGACCUGACCUAAACAAACCCUGAACAUCACGGUUAUACUGUUUCCCCAUUUCAAAGCAAUUGUUAGUCUUCAGGUUCCCCCUUUGGGAACAAAUUGUUUCAUUCCCAGUUGCUCUGAUGUUGCUUCAGGUUGUGCUGCAGAGCAGAUACUUUUACUACUAUUUUUAUCACUCAAUAUUUUUAACUAUAGCAAAGAGCAGGAACAGGGCAGGGAUAGGGGAAAAUGUUAUUUCACCCUCUGUAACAACAGAAGAAGAUAGGGUAAGUCAGAGAGAUUUCCUUAUUCCCCAUCACCAUCCCAAUCCCCCCUGUUGUUCAAUUGGUUAGGUCAAUAUUUUUUCUAAAGGGCUGGGAAGAGGAUUCCCUAGUAAAUGACUUGGAACUACGCAAAAUGCCCAUACAUUGGGCUCCCAAAGCAGUUGUGGGACGGGCUCUGCAGGAAGUCGAUCCUGAAGAUAUCACCUUCCUAAUCAGGUGCAUGUUGCCUAUUAUUUGGGAAAGGCAAUCCCUAUCUAGGUAAAGAUGGGGAAAAUGGAAGGGACAUUUCUCUUCAGCUCACCCCUGGGAGAUGCUGCAAAUGUGUAGAAAAUGAAAUCCAUGUUGAAUGUGAUAUAGCUGCAGAAAGAUACCUAUUUUUAAUAGGCACCUGACAUUUGGUGUCUUACACGGAUUCUAAGCAGCACCUGAAUUUAAUCCCCAAUUUAAAUCUGUGCCACCAGAUUAAAGAAAUAAAAGGGCAUCUUUGGGGGCGUUAUACCUCACUAUCGCUACUGAUAUGUUGUGUGGUAGGUGAAGAAUUCUACGCUAGAGAAGUGUAAAAUUACUCCAAGUAAGGUCAAAGAUUUGACCAGAACUCAGGUAGAAAUUGCAGGUACUGGUGGUUGAUUUUCACACCAGAGAUGGAAGCUAUGCUGACCUGUGGCCCAGGAAAACUAUUUUUAGAACCCUGCUCCCUUGUUAAGUGGUACUGGUCACACUCCUAACGGAUGCCAUAAUUAAAUUGGGAAUAACCAUCCUUUACCAUUUGGAUCCAAAGUUUCAUGAAGCACAGAGAGAAACAGCUGAUUCCUUCAGAGCCAUUCUAUGCCUAUGGGUCUGAAUCUGGCUACCUUGUUGGACAAAAGCACUUCCAUGCUGGGCAAAUGAUGGUAGCCAAUGAGGGAAUGUAUCAGAUUCCAAGUUCAGACUGCAGGAUUCAUGAUUGCUAAGUCCAGAGUCUGUGGUUUGGUCUCUUGGAUUUGCUAUUAAGUCUAGUGCAUUUGUAUCACUUCUCCUGCUGCUGCUACUUUGAAGGAUUAGAAAGUGUGAAAAUAGAGCACAGGUGGUUUUUCUCAUGAUGCAGCCUUCCCACGUAGUGGGAGACCCCUUCCACCCAUUCUUCUGGGAGAAGUCCCAGGGAGAAAUGAAUUCACAGAAAUGGAAGGCUCCUAGGUUAUUGUAGAAUGUGACUUCACACAAAGCUCAGUGGGUGGAAAUGGGAAUUAAGAGAAAACUGCCCUAUCGGUUUAUAUUUUGUAAUCGUUGGAUAAGUUGUUACCAGCAACAAUGAAAUUAAACAUGAAGUUAAUUAGUGUCA